GACGAGGUACCCAUUAUUGCGUCUCCUCCUCCUCCCCUCGCUCGUUUCACCCUGCGCAUGGUUGACACGACAAAACACCAGAUCAUUGUGUCCGUUAGCUGAUUCUCACCUUUCUGCUGCCUCCCGCUUUCGCUUCCCGUUGCCCGACCGUCAUUAAACGUCUGACCUACCCACACCAACAAUCACCGCUAAGGCACAAUUUCGUCGCCAUUGACCACCCUCCCCCCUUUGACUCGCACGUAUCAAGUAAGCAGCAAAAGUCCAAAGUGGCGCAGGAAGGGCUGGUGGUCAGGGUUCUUUAGAAGGGCGGUCGGGCGCGAAGUGAAAGCCAAACCGAUCCAAAUCGCCCUUUUUCCCUCGUCUCAUAUGGCCAAAGCACGUCCGUCUGCUCAACUCGGUCCUCACGUCCAUCGCGUCCAGUCUACGUGGGCGAAUAUGAGCUGAUCCUGGCCCGCAAUCUGGAGGGAUACAUACCGACUGCACAGAUUUGGUCACCAUGCAGGACCCGGUCUUGACUGUCUCGAUCACCACCCCGCAGUCCUGGGCGCAACAAAAUGCCAUCAAACGACGCCGGAUCCCUCGAUCACCACGGCGCAACGUCAUCUCUCUCAAGCACUUGGAUCCCAAGGUGAAGAAGGCCAAGGAAGAGUUCCUGUCAAAGGCCAUCGCAAGUCAAUUGCAGAUCAAGAGGUCCCCCACCAAUGGACUCCAGCUUGAUCCUUUCCAAACCUUGCCAAUCCCAAGCACCGGCUGCGUGGGUAGCAUGGCCCAAUAUUAUGUCCAGGUCUGGGCGCCUCAGCAUGGCACCGCCUUUUCGUUCGACGGCCAUUCUAACCCCUAUUUGAGCCUGCUCUGGCCCUUUGCUUUGACGUCCGAUAUCUACUUCGAAGGUCUUAUCGCUCUGUGUCGGGCCACAUACCUCGCCACUUCGGGCCAGUCCGCCCGCGGUGAUCGACACUUUGUAUGGCAUCGAGGUAAUGUCAUGACCAAACUGCGCACCCGACUCCAAAACCCUCAACAGUGUUCGGACGAUACUACCAUCUUGGUCGUGGCGACGUUGGGCACGGUCGAUUAUAUUCUGGGAGAUCACACUGGCGCCUAUGCUCACGUUUCGGGCAUGAGACAGAUGAUCAAGCUUAGGGGUGGCAUCAAGGGCACUUCCCCUUGGGAACGACUGCUCAGGGCUAACGUCGAUGCCUACGAGGCCCUGUGGUCCUUUCUGUUUGCGGCAGAUUCUACUCCUGACAAGUCAACUCGGUUUUCGGGACAAAUUCUGCAAAAUGCAGAGUUCCCCGUCUACAUGGCCCAUCCCUUCAAACCAGAAGUCUGUGAGAUGUUGUCCAAGUUGCCUCAAGGCUUCUGUGACAUUGGGUUGACAGGUGUGCUGUCCUUACAAAUGAUUCGACUGCUAUCCCAUUUCGCGACUGUAAAGGCGAAGCUGUCGGAUACUAUUCGAAUCGAAGAAUUCGGUGUGACAGGGAGAAGGAAGAUCCAGACGACCCUCGAAGAUCUCCAUCGACUUGCUACACUGCAAACUACUCCUACAGAGAGGUUUCUAUCUCACGGACUGGUGGCAUAUUGCUACCUGCUGAGAGUCAUCCAUUUUCAAGAUCAUCUGACUGGUUUCUAUGAGACAGCUCUGAAAGCACUGGCAGACAUCGCUCUACACCAAACUCCCAGCCACAAAUCUCCGGAACGCAAAUGUUACCUCUGGACCAACAUGAUGAUCGGAACAGUCAUACAACACGGGCAGAUCCGUCCCCGUGGCUGGACGUCGGUCAUGGGACAAUUCUUGGACAACUAUGGGGAAGCUCGACAAUGGAAGAAGUUGGAAAAAGAACUGAAGAUGUUCUUCUUUGAGGAUGCUAUUCGCCUUCUCGCAAAGGAGGCCUACGACGAGGCAGUCAGGAGGAAAGAAAGGGGGGAGUCCGAAGAGCGGGAUUCGCGUGUGGCCACUAUGGCUAUCCGGAAUGUCAUUCUAUAGACAAGGACGCCCUGUGAAUCGAACGAAGACACGCCUGAUCUAACAAUCUUCCAUUUGGACUAGCCACGAAAUGGCAAGACGCCCUUGACCAUCCCAAUUUCAAUCCGCUAUCACCUCGAGCAGAUGGAUCGACUUCAAACAGAUGCAAAUGUUGUCGAAAGUCAAUCAACUGGUCCGCAGAGUCUCGAGGCACGAGAAAACCUAAGGUGACUCGAUGGAGCCAACAACAAAGCUGGCUCAAAGGUGUAUAGCCUUUGUUUGGGGGGCUACAACUAAUCGCACACCAUUACCUCGGCCCCCAGCAAACUUGACCGUGUCCUUCGGUAUGUUCCGGUCAUCAAUACGCAGGAUGUCGCAUGGUCUGGCAUCAUCUCUGACGACUUUCAGUGGUGCUCGCCAACUCUGAUCGAAAGCACUUUCUGUUCUUUCAAACAGCGCAUGCUUUGAGUCGCAGCUCAUUACUGCAGGAGUUCUAGUUGGAUUAGCGCAGGGAAUCACCGAAGCUUUGAAUAUGACGCUCAGCUCGAGAGGUCGAGCAGGCGAGGAUCUGAUAGCACAAUGAUGCCCGAAGUCUGGACCAUUCGCAAUUGUGGCAAAUCGACUUGUUCCAAGUCCCACCCGCCUCUGGCUCUUCCUGUGACGAAACGAAACAAAAGGAGAGUCCUGGCUCAUGAGACGUCACACGACUUUUGGGCACAAGCACCUUGUGUGGGCAGCAUGACCCAACAGUUUGACUCUCGACAGUCACACUUGGUCCAAGAGAGAAUUCGGGGACCACGAUCAAGCAGUCAGCAAUUGGCAGGAGCUCUGCGCGAUUCAUUUUUCAUCUUCAACCCGGUUUCGCUUGCCAGUCUGAAACGUGAGACUCGGGCACUCCGCUUCCACAUGACUGCUGCCCGUCAGCCUUCUGCAACAUUUAUAUGACUCCCGAGGUCAUUCUGACUCCUCUCGGCCGCAGCCGCCGACAUUGAUUCCCCGGACGAGCCACCCAUUCCCCCCUUUUCACAAAGCGAUGGAGCAAGUCACAACGUUGGGUUUGGUGGGAGGAGCUUAGCGGGAAAUCUCCGCUAAUCAUGCACCCGAGAAAUGAUUGGAUGCAUGGGAUGGGCGGAAAGAAGAAAAGGGGGGGGGGACGAAUAAGAACGGCAAACAACGUUGCAAAGGGAAAGCCAAUAAGCUAGUUGUCAUGGAAGCCCGAUUGUGCAUUUUUCAAAGGCUUUUUUGGGCCUAUAGGUUGGGACUCGAUGUUGGAUGUGCCCAUCUAUUCAUCGUGCAGGUUAUAUCUCUUGUUCAGGGGACACCUGUAUUUCUCUGUCGGAAAGGCUCAAAGCAAGGCAAGGAACCGGCAAGCAGGUGCAGCGCGGCAGUUACGGCACACUUUACCAAGACUCCAUUGGUACAGAGAGUUCGUCGAGUUCGGGAGAAGAAUACUCGGUACGGGCGUACACCCUCAUUAGGCCCGUGAUUGUGUAGAAAUGAUGCACACCCUUCUAGAGGUCCAUACACGCUGCGAGAGCGUGUGAAGUUUAUUGCUAGAUUUGGUCGCUUGAUGGCGUUCUCCUGCUCAUGCCAUCAAAACCCAUACCAUACCAGCCUGGGGCUCUGACAAGGGAAAACGUCGUGGGGGACAGCAUCAUCGAAGAGGGGGAAAGGGAGCCAAUCUGGGAAAUACUGCUGCGAAAGAAACGUCGACUCGAGAAAUGCCCAGCUAGUUGUAUGGAAUAACUGUCAG